AUGGAUGCCAGGUGGGAUAGUGAUUGUGGUGGAGGUUUGAGAUGGCAAAUUUUCACCUGGAAUUCUGGUUACGAUUAUAAGAAUGCAAUUUCCAAUGGUUGCCUCUUUAAUUUAGCCGCUAGAUUAGCAAGAUAUACUGGAAAUGGGACGAAAUAUGUUGAAGUAGCUGAAAGAGUUUGGAAUUGGAUGGAUGAUGUUGGAUUUUUCGCCGAGGAGGCUGAUGGAACUAUGAGAAUUUAUGAUGGCGCUAAUGUCCCUAAUUGUACUGAUGUUACUACAUGGAGAUGGUCUUAUACUUAUGGUGUUUUCCUUAGUGGAUGUGCAUAUAUGUAUGAUUUCACCAAUGAUACAAAGUGGCAAACCAGAGCCGAUGAAAUCUUGAAAGCAUCUAUGUUUUUCUUUAAUAACUCAAUCAUGCAAGAGUCAACUUGUCAACCAUAUUUAAUGUGUAAUAAUGAUCAAAGAUCCUUCAGAUCAUUAUUUUCUCGUUGUCUUGGUCUUACACUGAUACUUAUGCCAGAGACCGCUUCAACCAUUAGACCGCUCUUAGAAGCUUCUGCUGAAGGCGCUGCAGCAACUUGUUCCGGAGGUGGAUAUCGUGAUGCUUGUUGGCAAGAUUGGAGUUUGGGACCCUACGACGGUUAUUCCAGUGUUCUAGCGGAUCAAGUUUCUGCUUUGGAAGUCAUCAAUGCCUUAUUGGUACAAGAGCCACUUACUAUUAAAACCGGAAGUUCGGACGAUACCAAUUCUGAGACUAGUUCGGACGUGGAUGAUAGUGUGAACGAUAGCAACAGCGCUACAACUGGCACUGCUACUGCUGGUGCUGCUAAAGUUAGGAUUUUGAUCUUACCGGUUUCUCCAGCUAUGGCCGCUUGGAUGAUUUUCUAA